AUGUGGAACCGACUCCUUAUCGUGCUAUUCAUUUUCCUGCUCAUGGACGAAGCCAUCCCCAAAAGAUGGGGAGGAUUUGGUGGGAGAGGAUGGGGAGGAGGUUACAGACCACCUGUACGGCCUCCUCGUCCACGUCCUCGUGUGCCAUCAGGUCCCAGAGUACCCGGAGGUCGUCCCAGGGUACCCGGAGGGAGGGGCCCGAUGCCAGCAGGACGAGGCUGGGGUAAAGACGCAUUUAUGGAGAAAUACACGAAAGCUCAAAGAAUUAAGGGAAGGAAACGAGAAAUUCUCGGAAUGCCUUCCCUUCGGCUCACUUGUUCGCAUUACUGUAAGAGGAUUGUCAACGAAAGGUUCAGGUUCCGUUCCGGUACCGGAUUUGGCUCUGCCUCUAGAGGCUCUUCGUUUUUGACUUCAUUCGCUGGAGGAGCUCUCGGAGCUAUGGGAGGCAUGCUAAUGUUUGAAGCUGGUAGAGCUAUCAUCCAGUCAAUGGGUUCACCAUUUCGUUAUGGUGGCCGCGAUUACUAUUUCGAUAAUCAUCCAGGAAUUGGACGCGAUCAAAUUCAGUGCUCGAUUCCAAUUGAUGAGCUAAAGCAGGUUCGUCAUAGGGUGUGGGCCCUUCUUAAUCUAACGGGCGCGGAAAAGCUUUGGUAG